CUUAUGAUCCUCGAAGAAGUUCCUACCUCACUCAUCUAAUUGAUGCAUUUUUCGACUUCACAACAACACCAUUACAUUUCAUAAAUUUCCACAUAUCGAUACCGGGAAAUCCCACUCUCACAUCUAGAGUAUUAAUAAUUUAAAAAUACUCCAAACACUUAAUACCACGCUGUAUUCCUUUGCGCGCCACAACAGCACUGCGUAUCGGAACUAAAUUCAUACUUUCCUCGAAUUUUGUCCUUUUUCUCUAUCGCACAUCUUAAAUCUUAGCAAUGGCACCUCAAGAUAGCUUCAUCGAUGAAGAUGAGGAUACAUGGUACGUUUCUAUACUUCUUGUUAAUUCUAUUCGGCUUGGGCGAAUGAUAUCUUUGUGAACACUUUGCUAAUCAAAUUUCACUAGCCCACUCUGCGUCGAAGAAUUCGAUCUAUCAGACAAGAACUUCCAACCAUGCCCUUGUGGUUACCAGGUAACUUAAUCUCUAUUACCACUGUCUGCUGAUUUGAUACUAAUGGCCAUCGCCUUAGAUUUGUCAGUUCUGCUUCAACAACAUUAAGAACAAUAUCAACGGCCUCUGUCCUGCCUGUCGAAGACCUUAUGACGAAAAAACAAUAAAAUGGAAAGUUGUUACGCCUGAAGAGUAUGUUUCCCGAAAGCUCCAAGAGGUUGACCUGCUGACCGCAAGUUAUACAGAGUCGCUCAAUUUAAAGCCAAUGUCCAAAAGAACGCUAAAAAGAAGGCCGAAAUAAGACAAAAAGAAGCCCAAAAGCGAGAAGUUGAAAGUUUAAAUCGAAAGCAUCUGGCAGGUUUACGAGUUGUCCAGAAAAAUCUAGUAUAUGUUGUCGGCCUAAGUCCAAGCAUACGAGAAGACGAACUUCUUCAGACUUUACGCGGCGAAAAGUACUUCGGGCAAUAUGGGAAGAUCAUCAAGAUCGUGGUCAGUAAAUCUAAACAGAACGAGUCAGCCCAAAAUGCUGGUUCUCUUGGAGUUUACGUUACGUUUGCUUCGAAAUUAGAUGCGGAACGUUGCAUAACAGCGGUCAACGGUUCUUCAAACGGUGAUCGAAUUUUACGAGCGCAAUUGGGAACUACGAAGUAUUGUUCAGCAUAUCUGCGGAAUGAGGUGUGCACAAACAAGCAAUGCAUGUUCUUACACGAACCAGGUGACAACGACGACAGUUAUUCCAGGCAAGAUUUGUCGUCCAUUAAUAGUGUGAACUCCCAACGACCUUUGCCGCCCAAGGCAUCUUCAUCCCGCACUCAAGCUCAAGCAGCACCACCAAUUCAACAGGCACAACCACUCGCUGCCGCUGCACCACCAAUGGCACGGGAAGCUAGUAAAGAUGGUUCGGACAGUGGAGACGGUCCUGCCCUUCCGUCAACUGCUAACUGGGCCAAUCGUGGAGUACAGCAGCAACGCAGCAGAAGAGGAAGCCAUGCCACUAGUGCUGCUGCCCCUAGUCCUGCCAUCUCAAAUGCCAUUCCUUCUACAACUGAAGCAGUCGAGGAAGAAACUCCUGAGCUUGUGGAAGACCAAGAGGAAUCGUCUGGCGAAGCCAGUCCAAUUGAAGCUCCAGAAUCCAGCCCUCUUAUUGAGGAUGUGUCUCAUCCUGUGGAGGAGCACCUUGGUGCCGAACUGCUAAGGUCAAUCAAUUCCGAUGUGCUGAGUUGGGACGGCCCUAAGAUUCACGAGGACGACCUCGCAUCAUUCCCACCACUUUUUGAUGACCAUGGUGGAGAGAAACGGCGUUUAAUGCGCGAGCAGCAACAGGAAGAGGAACGUUUACACAUGGAGCAGGAAUCGCAAGCCGAUGUUCAAUCUGUACCUGAGCCCGUGGAGGAACAAGAACCGGAAAGUGGUAGUCUGCAAUUAGGUGGCGAACCCGAAGAUAAUGGGCGCGAGAUUAAUCAACCUCCUGGUUUCCAACGUCGUCAAAGUUCACAACUACCGAUCCAACGAGGCUCCACUGCUGGUCCAUUUGGCCCAAGCCUUGGGCAACAACAGAACUAUCCCCAGAACAUCAGCAAUUUGAGUUCUAUUAAUGGACGAUCUCUCACUCCAUUGCAGCAGUCACAACUUUCAAUGUUCAAGUCACCAUCAGGUGUUCCAUCAAGCUUCAUGGACCAUAAUCCUUCUCCUGGUGGACUUGGAAAUCCAUUGAAUCAGAAUACCGCGCUCUUUCAGCAGCAAGGUCACAACAGACAAGCUUCUCGAUACAGCUUUGCUACGGAUGGUGCUGCUGGACCAUCUUCCAUUAAGCCUUCUGCCAAUAGCAAAAUGAUGCAACAGCAAGCUUCAAUGAUGCCUCCUUCAAGUCAUCCUCAACAAGGAUUUCAGUCUUUUAACUCUUCGAUCCCAGCUCCUCCAGGAUUGUCAGGUCUGAAAUCUAACACUCCUCCAAUCGCUGGAGGUAUGUUUGGCCAAGGUCAUGGAUUUGGUAACUCGAUGGGUGGCGGUUCGGCAUUUGGAAAUACCAACAAAGAGAAUAGUAAUGAGAUGCUCCGUGAAAUGCUAAGGGGUCGCCCUAGCGCUGGUGGCAACCAGGGUCUUGAUACAAGUAAGCGUGAGUACAUGUUUCCUAAUUUUCUUCAUCAACAGUUUCCAUCUGCCUCCUCCACUCCAGCUCCUGCUUCAAACCUUCUGGCAUCGCUCUACGGUCCUCAGACCGGAGCAUUUCAUGACUUCGGUCAAAAGCAGAAGAAGAAGGGAAAGAAGCACAGACAUGCUAACACUUCCUCCUCUGGGGGAGGUGGCUUAGUCGAUCUUGCGGACCCAAGUAUCUUGCAGGCGAGAAUGCAGCAUCAACAACAGAGCAAUGCCGGAGUCGGACAGGGACUGUUUGGUGGUCAGGCUCAAGGUGGGUACAACCCCAACCUGAUGUAUGGCGGAGGCGCAGGAUUCCCCGGCAGGUGGUAAAUGACCAUGUUAAUCGGGUGUAAUAUUUGGCGUGGCUUUUGUAAAUAAUGAUCUCUUUUUCUUUUUCAUUUACAAGGACGGCGUUGGCAAAAACCCUUCAAAGGAUAUUGCAUUGUUGCUAGGUAUAGCACACAUUUGUUUUAGCGGGCAUGGCAUAGCUCCAAGAUGGAUGCUUCGGAUGCAUUGGCGUCACAUUGCGUUUGGAAAAUGAGUGAGAGGACCUCAUGGGAUUGCUGCCAUCAAUUUUUUUCUGCUUCUUUCGUUUGGGUUUGCAUCAAGGUCAAAGCAAGUCACGCCAGGAGUUCCAUCAUCGUCUUCACCGCGGCUACUUUCUCUCAUGUACGUUAUAGUCUCCGAUCCCAGGCCAACAACAGUGGCUGGAAAAAUAUAUCAUUCUU